AUGGCAACAAAUAUAUAGCAUGAAGAAAUCAAUCUAAGUCUUAAUAACGAUAAGAAGGCAUUCGAAGAUCUUAGUGGGUUUUUUAAUUUACUAGCUCAGGCUCUGGAAAAGGUGGAUUAAGCCAAUAAGGAAUUAAUUGAAUGUUUGAAAAAGAUUCAAAAAUAACUGAUUUCAGAAAUACCAAAAUUAGCAGAAGUGGUUUCUCUGGUGGCGGAGUCAAUGAGUGUGGGAUAAAAGAAGAAUAUGGAGUAUGUCGACUUGAUUAAGACUAAAAUAAUAUUAAGUUUGAAUGGACAAUUGGAGCAGAUUAAGACGAAGUAGAAAUUAUUGGAUGAUUAUAAAGCCAAAACAGCUAUAGAAGCUGAUAGAGAUUAAAAGAGGAAGAACACAGAGCCUGCGAAGUAAAAGGAGACCUAUCAAGCUUAUGAAUAAGCAAAGAAGGAGAAGAUGUUGGCAGGAUAAACACUGAAUACUUAAUAUUAGAUUUAUAUUAAUGAGAAAAAUCAAGAAUUCUGUUCAAUGUGGAAGCACUUUCUGAAUAUGCAGAUGUAUUGUUGUGCAGCUGGACUUCAAAGUUUCUCAAAAAGUGCUUAAGAAAUUCAUAAUAGGGAGCAGGAAGUUAAAAAAGAUGCAGAGAUUUUCUUAAGUAAAUUGUUAGGUAAUUAAAGAAGCAAAUGA